ACCACACGGCCGCAGCUCGGUAAGCAGCUGUUUUUUGUUUAUCCUUUAUUGUAAAAACUCCAGUCGCAUGGGUCUAACAGGUAUAGGCCUAUUACGCCGUGGGGAUACGUAGGGUGAAUGUGUGCAGCCUACACGAUUUAAGGAGCGCCAUUCUCUCACACACAAACACACCCUGGAGUCUGGGUCGUGUUAUAGGGGCAAAAUGGUCUCGUGGGCCAACUGGCUGUAAAAUGCCUGCGCUGUGGAAGCGGAUUACGUUUUCGGUAGCCUCAUUACUCUGCAUCGCUUCCGUUGCUUUGCUGGUGGUAGCGCUCGCAUCGGAACGGUGGGUUACCGGACGGAUUUUGUGUAAAACUGGCGUAGACCUUGUAAAUGCAUCUAACCCUGAGCUUACGCAGUUCACCGGAGACAUCUAUUACGGGCUCUUCCAGGGCGGGAAGACCCAUAGGUGUGGCCUCGGGAGUCGUCGUUCCAAAAUUUACAUUUUCCCUAACCUGGUGCGGACUUUAAACGGUGGUCUUCAUGUGAUGGUGAUUCUGUUUUUGCUGGUUGCUGUUGGUUUCGCCCUGGUCAGUCUGUCCUUCUGCAUUUACAAUGCCAGGAAGGUUCCUUACCAGAGCAUUAAAGGGCCCCGGGGCCUCUACCUCUGGAACUGCAUUUCUGCCUUCUUUGCGGCAUUAGCUGUGCUGUGCUUCCUGGCUUCCAUGAGGUGCUACAGUCUGACAGAACGUGUGGCCAACUACAAGGAAUCUCUCUUCACCUUCGCUGUCCUAGACGAGGGCCUGGAUUGGUCCUUCUGGCUGGGCAUUGGAAGCAUCGGCACGCACGCUGCCAUCUGUGGCGUGGUUGCCAUGAGCAGGAUCAAGCUGCCCAAACGACAGAACAAGAAACCAGAGGAGCCCACCAUCACUGCCCUCGACCUGCUCUACUGACUAUUUCCUGUCAGGGAUACAAACAGACACACACACUUAAGCAUGUGCAGUACAGGGCUCACACACGAAUGCUGUUGUAGCAUUGUUGUGUCCUUCCAUUAGGAAUUGAUCAACUGGUCUGAUUAACUGUGUGACUGAUUUGAGUAGCGCAUGGUGUAUUCCGGACUUGACACAGUGGACCAUAAGGGGUCAGAGG